UUCGCGGGAAACUCCGGAGAAGAUGGCGAGAGAGAUCGAGAGAUGACCGCACGGCGCAGUGACCCGUCUCUGGCGAUGGAGAAUCGGAGCUUGGAGCUGGCACUGAGAGAUGUCUACCCAGCCUGUAGCCGGCUGCGCCGCUCUGCCAUAGAAAACUCCGGAAAGAACGGGCAAGACUGCCCAGAGCUGGUGGUCAGUCAGGCAGAAGGCCAGUAUGUACUGUGCAGGUGGACGGAUGGACUCUAUUAUCUGGGGAAGAUAAAAAGGGUCAGCAGUUCGAAGCACAGUUGUCUAGUGACGUUUGAAGAUAACUCUAAGUACUGGGUCCUCUGGAAAGACAUUCAGCAUGCUGGUGUACCUGGAGAGGAGCCGAAGUGUAAUGUUUGUAGCGGGAAGAACUCUGCAGCCCACAAUCAGAUCCUCAUCUGUGGAAAGUGUGGACUUGGGUACCACCAGAAGUGCCACAUACCCGCUGUGGAAAAUGGUGAGCAGGGUGCUCUAGAGCCUUGGUUCUGUAGGCGCUGCAUCUUCGUGUUGGCAGUCCGGAAAGGAGGCGCUCUGAAGAAAGGCCCCAUCGCCAAGGCACUGCAAGCAGUGAAGAUGUUGCUCACAUACAAUCCGGAGGAGCUGGAUUGGGACUCUCCACACAGAACCAAUCAGCAGCAGUGCUACUGUUACUGCGGAGGGCCCGGAGAGUGGUACCUAAAGAUGAUCCACUGUUAUCGGUGUCGGCAAUGGUUCCAUGAAGCGUGUAUCCAGUGUCUGAGUGAGCCCAUGCUGUUUGGUGACAGGUUUUUUAUAUUUUUUUGUUCCGUUUGCAAUCAAGGCAUGGAAUUUAUAAAGCGCCUUCCUCUGAGAUGGGUGGACAUUGUGCAUCUUACACUCUAUAAUCUGGGGGUACUAAGUAAGAAGAAAUACUUUGAUUUUGAGGAGAUUGUGAACUUUGUGAACGAGAACUGGGACCGUCUGCAGCUUGGAAAGCUCGCUGUCACUCCACCUGAAGACCGAGGACAACACCUCCUGGAGGCAUUAAACAGUUAUAAAAGCCGGUUUCUUUGUGGCAAAGAGAUUAAGAGAAAAAAGUGCAUCUUCAGACUGAGGAUCAGAGUGCCGCCCAGCCCGCCUGGAAAACUCCUGCCAGACAAACUUCUGGGCCAGGCUGAGGGCAGAUCUGCAGGUGAUGGUAAAAAGAAGGGACGGAGCAAGUAUACCCUCAAAAACAGCCUGCUGCCUCGUGACUGCCAGCAACAGAAGAGAGGAAUACGCCAGAAGCAGCCACAGUUCCUCCUCGAAGACGCCAUCCCCAGUAGUGAUUUCACUUCUGCAUGGAGCACCAACCACCACCUAGCCAGCAUCUUCGAUUUCACAUUGGACGAGAUUCAGAGCCUGAAAAGUGCCAGUUCCGGGCAGAACUUUACCUCUGAUUUGGACUCGAAUGAUGCAGCCAGCACAUCUGGCUCUGCCUCCACCAGCCUAUCAUAUGAGUCACGCGGAAAUGUUGGAAGCCGCAAGCGGAAGCUAGCCUCUAAGAUGUACACUGCUUUUGAAUCCAAGAGGAAGACCCUGGACCAUUCAGACAGACAGAACAGCUGUGCCGCUGAGUCUGUGGAGUACACUCGAUCUUCUGACUUACAAGACACUGCUGCCGACAGCCAUGCUUUUGAGAGCCUCAGUGAGGAUGAUUCCUCAAUGCCUCACCUCAAACAUUCCAUCACAACUUAUUUUGGUGCUGCGGGAAGGUUGGCUUGUGGGGAAAAGUACCAAGUAUUGGCACGGAGGAUCACCCCUGAAGGCAAAGUCCAGUACUUGGUAGAGUGGGAUGGAACCACCCCGUACUGACUUGGAUAUAAAAGUAUAUUUUGUAACCAAAGUAAAGGAGCGCACGCCGAAGCAAUCCCUUUCGGCCAUAUUGCCGGUGUACUUACUAGAGGAAACAAGGUGGCCGUAUAACUCUUUAGUGACCUUUUUGCUGCAAAUAUAAUUAUAGCACUUAUACAGGGUACAGAUACUGAACAGCCAUCAUGGCACCGAUACUGACAUUUUUACUGACAUUUCCCUGAUAUACUGGGACUGUAAUCAGAAAAGUAGAAGUGAUUUGCUUCUAGUUCUAGAGGUAGUUUUCAAGAUUGUAGAACCAAAGAUAUCAUUCUGCAAAUAUCAUCUCCAUGAUGGAGGCUAAAUC